GGCUUUGUAAUUGUUGCUGACGGAUUGUGUGUGUGUGUGUGUGUGUAUUAUCCAACAAACAUGCCGCAUGUGUGCAUCUAAGUGGAGAUGUGAAGCCACGGAGGCAUGGCUGGAUGCGCCGAACAAGAAGAAGAGCGCCAUUGGGACUCCGAAGAUUAAAGAUUAACGUUCCCUUUCUAGCGGUGGAGACGCAUAGCAGAAGAUGGCGUUGAAGAUGCCCAAGAAGACAGCUCACUACAUGGAGCUGGGCAGCAACCAGCACUGGCCAGUCCUCAGUCCACAGAGGAUCAGACUCUACACUUACCAACAAAUCCCCCUCUUCCUUCGAGAGAACCCCUUCAUCACAGACGGCUACAGAGCACACCUGCCUUCAAAACUCUGCCUGAAGAGUAUUUGUGUCAUGUCUAAUGAGACGGUGAAUAUUUGGAGCCACCUGUUUGGGUUCAUUCUCUUCUUCUCCCUUGGGGUCAACGACUUCAAAUCAGUGUUGCCGGCCUCGGGAGCUAACCAGGAGGACUAUGUCAUCUACACUAUAGGACUGUUUUGCUUCCAGGUGUGCAUGUUGUGUUCUGUGGGUUAUCAUCUGUUCUCAUGCCACCGAUCAGAGAAGACCAGUCGUCGCUGGUUGGCCUUGGACUACGCAGGAAUUUGUGUUGGCAUCUUGGGAUGUUAUGUGCCUGGACUCUUUUACGCCUUCUACUGCAACCUUUUUUGGCGGCAGGUCUACCUCAUUAUGGUGCUGUCCCUGCUCCUGGCUGUCUUCUGCACCCAGGUUCACCCACACUAUCUCAGCAGGGACUGGCGCUGGAUCAGGGUGACCAUCUUCUCCUGCAUGGUUGGCAUCAGUGUGGUUCCGGCGGCCCACUGGGUGUGGCUCAAUGGGGGGUUUACCUCCUAUAUUGUUCAGCACUUCUUUCCUCGAAUGAUCAUCAUGUACCUGAUUGCUGGAGCUGCCUUCUUAUUCUACCUUACCAAGAUCCCUGAGCGCUACUUCCCUGGCCAGGUGAACUACAUCGGUGCCAGUCACCAGGUGUGGCACAUCCUGGUGGUUGUCAUGUUCUACUGGUGGCAUCAGACUGCAGUCGCCAUCAUGCAGUUCAGGCACAGCCAGGCCUGCUCCUCACAGACAAGAUGAUCCAUCAUGCAGUUCAGGCACAGCCAGGCCUGCUCCUCACAGACAAGAUGAUCCAUCACUGGAGCUGUGGAUCAAGCCUCACUAGCAGGCAGGUAUCAACAUG